CAUUUGGUCAGCGGUCAUUAAUCGAGGGACGCCAUAUUGAAUUCGAAAACUCGUGAAAGCGAAGAGCAGUUUACACAUUUCUUUUCAGUAAAUUGGUGACUACAGAAGAGCAUAAGAGAUAUUUAGUAGCGAAGAAAGCGUGGAAAUAUGACAACCGCGGCUAGACCGACAUGGGACACCGCAAAAGGGGGCCGCGGAAAGGGCGAAGGAGAUCUUUCAGCGUUGUCAAAACAGUACUCGAGUCGCGACUUGCCUUCACACACAAAACUAAAACACAGACAAAAAGGUCAAGAUACUGUUGAAGAACUGCGUAGCAAAGACUUCCGCAAAGAUUUGGAAGAACGUGAACGUCAGGCAGCCCGCGAAAGAACCAAGGAGAAAGGAAGCAGAUCAACUGCUGAACAGACAAAAAGACCCCGGCUAGAUCAACCCCCUCCCUCAAACCUGGAUGCUGAUGAUCCAGUUGAUGAUGAUGAUGACGAUGACUCUGAUGAAAGGUGUGUUGGUAGUUUGUAUUUUUUUCGUUCCCAUUGAAUGUAGGAUU